AUGCUAAUUGCUGGAACUGCCAAGGGUAUUUGUUUGUCUCAGAGGCAUUAUACCCUCACUCUUCUUGAGGAGUAUGGUCUGCUUGGGUGUAAACCAACAACUCUUCCUAUGGAUCCCUCCACAAAGCUUCGUCUUGCUGAUGGGAGUCCUCUACAUGAUCCCACCUCUUAUCGCAUACUCAUUGGUAGACUCUUGUAUCUUACUAUCUCGAGGCCUGACGUCACAUAUGUUGUACAUCGGCUUAGCCAGUUUGUUUCUAAGCCCUCUACUACUCAUUAUCAGGCAGCUUUAUAUUUGUUGCAUUAUCUAAAGGGGUCACCAGGGCAAAGUGUCUUCCUUAAUGCCAGUUCUGCUUUUCAGUUACGUACUUAUGCAGAUGUUGAUUGA